AUGCCACCAAAACCGAAAACAGUACCCGACGAGGUCAUUGCUCAAGUAACAGCCGCCGUUGCUGCUCAACUACAAGAGCUACAGAUUUCUCUUGAUUCAAAAUAUGCAUCCUUGGAUGCUCGCUACACAGUCAUCACAUCUGCUAUCACCGAGCAAAAUUCUUCCAUUUACGAUCAGGUUGCCCGCCUGGACAAGGCAGCCUCCGCCACACCACCAUCGGCGUUAUUAACAGCCCAAACACUUGCCCAGAAAACACCUUCUUCUUCCCAAUUUCCAUCUCCACCAGAUGCUUUGCACAUUAAAAGCCCCAAAAUCCAUCUCUCUACUUUUGAUGGCACAAACCCCCUUGAUUGGCUCUUUCAAGCAGAGCAAUACUUCUCGUUUCAUGCCAUCGCACCAGAACAACGACUUCCUCUUGUUGCUUUUUAUAUGAGUGGUUUACCCCUCAGCUGGUUUAAAUGGAUGCAUCGCAACAACCAGUUAUCAGAUUGGGCUUCUUUUGCUUCUGCAUUGGAAAGACGUUUCGGUCCUUCUUCUUACUUCAACCAUGAGGCAGCCCUUUUUAAGCUCAAACAAACAUCCUUUGUUGCUCAUUACAGAGGCGAAUUUGAGAAGCUUGCUAACAAGGUUGAUGGGCUCUCUACUACUAGCGUCCUCAACUGUUUUGUUGGUGGACUUUUGCCACAAAUACAACGGGAGAUGUCUACUCUCAAGCCUCAAAACCUGUCUGAAGCCGGUGAUUGUGCUGCGUUAAUUGAAGAAAAGCUUGCUGAUUCUUCCUCUUCUGCUUCUUACCCUGUUGUUGCUUAUUCUAGAGCUCCACUACCAAAACCUACACUCACCUUGCCACAACCAAAACCACCCUUGUUGUCUACACUACCCAAAUUACCACCACCUUCUCAACCAAAACCCAUCUCUGCCAUGCCCAUUAAAAGACUUUCACCAACAGAGAUGCAAGCUCGUCGCGCCAAAGGGCUCUGUUUCAACUGUGAUGACCAAUAUAAACCAGGUCACUGGUGUCGAACAGCCCCCCUUUUGCUUCUGCAAACAGAGGACGAACCUGAUUCACCAUUGGAGAGUGCAGAUCCCGCAGCGUUUUCGUUGGCUUCCAUUCCCCUACCUCCACCACCAGAUAUGGAUGAAACAGACCCAUCGUCAUUUCAUGUCUCUCUCCAUGCUUUAGAUGGCUCCUCCUCUUACCAAACUAUGAAAAUGAUAGGUUAUUUAAUGGGACACAAGGUACGUGUGCUCAUUGAUUCGGGGAGCACUCAUAACCUCAUUCAACCAAGGGUGGCUAGACUUUUGGGGUUAAGAUUGGAACCUGCACCACCAUUUUCGGUUGUGGUCGGCAACGGAGACCGCCUCUCUUGUUCGGGUAAAAUUCCUUCGAUCAACAUUGGGUUACAAGGGCAUGGGUUUACAUUGGAUCUUUUUCUCUUGGACAUUUGGGGAGCUGAGGUUGUUUUAGGGGUGCAAUGGCUGUCUCGAAUUGGGCCGUUCCUUACUGAUUACAAGGCCCUCAUCAUGACUUUUUAUGAUACAAAUGGACACUUGGUAACUCUCCAUGGGGAUAAGCCUGCUCAAAUCAGCCUAGCAACAUGUCAGCAAUUGAAGCGAUUAACUCACACUGGGUCUAUCAUUUCAGCUCAUUUGUUAACCUUGUCUGAGAUCAAAUCAACUAAUGCUUCUCCUUUUUUGGUGCCAGAGGCAUUGCAAGCUCUGUUAACACAGUUUCAAGAUCUUUUUGCUGAACCACAAGGCUUACCUCCUUUUCGAAUGCAAUCUCACCAUAUUCAUUUACAACCAGGCACCAAGCCCAUAAACCAACAAUCAAGGAUCGCUUUCCUAUAUCAACUCAUCGAUGAAUUGCAUGGGGCACGAGUAUUUUCAAAAUUGGAUUUACAAGCUGGAUACCACCAAAUUCGAGUUGCUCUUGAAGAUGUCCACAAGACAGCCUUUAGGACAGCCGAUAGCCAUUAUGAAUUUCUUGUGAUGCCAUUCGGACUCACAAAUGCACCUUCUACAUUCCAAGCCAUUAUGAAUGAUGUCUUCCGACCAUACUUACGCCAAUUCGUACUUGUUUUCUUCGAUGACAUAUUGGUAUAUAGCCCUUCCAUGGAGACUCAUUCUGAGCAUUUGAGAAUAGUGCUUCAACUCUUGGCUCAUCAUCAAUUCUAUGUCAAGUUAUCCAAGUGCAGUUUUGGGCAAACUUCAAUUGACUAUCUUGGCCAUGUAAUAGGUGAUGCAGGGGUACAUGUCGAGCCUUCCAAAAUUUCUGCAGUAACUGCUUGGCCAACUCCCACUAAUCUGAAAACAUUAAGGGGUUUCCUUGGCCUUACGGGAUAUUAUAGAAAAUUUGUGAAGAACUAUGCACACAUAGCUGCACCACUCACAAAUCUGUUACGCAAGGAUAACUUUCUUUGGACUUCGGAAGCAGCAAAUUCUUUCCAAGCUUUAAAAGAAGCCCUCACUUCAGCCCCUGUUUUAGCGCUUCCAGAUUUCGAGUUGCCCUUCGCUAUCGAAGCCGAUGCCUCCAAUGUAGCAAUUGGUGCUGUUCUCACACAAGCAGGACACCCUAUAGCCUACUUCAUGCUCUCUUACUUAGAUGAACUCCGUGAAUUUUACGCCACAAAUGUUCAAGGGCAGCAAAUUUUGACAAAAGCUAAUUCCCAAUCUGACAAGGGAUUCUCUAUGCAUGACGGUCUUGUCUUCUUUCGAGGCCGAGUGGUAAUUCCAGAAGGGCAUGCUUUGCAGCUCACUCUUUUGCAAGAGUACCAUGCUUCUCUUAUUGGUGGUCAUGCGGGAGUCAAGAAAACUUUAGCUCGGUUGGCAGCUAACUUUUAUUGGCCUAAAAUGCGUCAAUCUAUUGAACAAUUCAUACAAGCUUGCUCUAUUUGCCAACAAGUGAAGUAUGAGGCCACUAAACCAGGGGGACUAUCUACUCCUUUGCCGAUCCCGUCGCAAAUAUGGCAAGACAUAUCAAUGGAUUUUAUAACCCAUUUGCCUUCUUCUUACGACAAAACUGAUAUCUGGGUUAUUGUGGAUAGGCUUUCUAAAUAUGCCCAUUUUAUUGCUUUGCCUCCUUCUUAUACUGCUUCUUCUUUGGCUGAAAUUUUUUGCAAGGAUUUUUGCAAGUUGCAUGGGAUGCCCACUUCCAUUGUUAGCGAUCGAGACCCAAAAUUCUUGAGUGCUUUUUGGAAGGAACUUUUCAAGCUACAAGGUACCCAACUUUUCCACAGCAGUGCAUAUCAUCCACAAUCUGAUGGGCAGUCCGAGGUCCUAAACAGAUGUUUGGAGACUUAUUUACGGAGCUUCGCAAGUGAUAAGCCUAAACAAUGGACCAAAUUUCUCCAUUGGGCAGAGUACUCCUAUAACACCUCGAAACAUUCAGCUACCGGGUACACUCCAUUUGAAGCGGUCUAUGGACGACCACCUCCAACUGUUUUAUCUUAUUUACCAGGGACUACGAAGGUUGUUCAGUUGGAUGCCAGCUUACUUGAACGGCAACAACUUCUUAGUUCGCUCAAAACCAACCUGGCCAGGGCUCAAAACCGCAUGAAAAUGCAGUAUGAUCAAAAUCGACCCGAGAAGCAAUUCAAUGUCGGGGAGUGGGUGUUUCUGCGUUUACAGCCUUAUAGACAAAUGACGGUGCACCGCCGAUCCUCACAGAAGCUUGCCAAACGUUUCUUUGGCCCUUUUCAGAUCCUUCGCAAGCUUGGUCCUGUAGCUUAUGAGUUGAAGUUACCUAUUGAAGCUAAAAUUCAUCCAGUCUUUCACGUGUCCUUGUUGAAGAAAUGCUACGGCUCUCCAGAAGCUAGCUUCUCUCCACUGCCGAGCACCUUUGUUAAUGAUCAACCUGUUUUGGAGCCUAGUGCAAUUCUUGAUACUCGACAGACGGUGUCAAAUGGAGUUGCUGUUACACAAUACUUAAUCCAGUGGAAGAACCUUGCAACCACAGAAGCGACUUGGGAAUGGAAGGAAGACAUGAAGGCUAACUACCCCCUUUUCAACCUUGAGGACAAGGUUGCUCUUGAAGAUCAUGGCAAUGAUGGACUCACACUUAGAUCGAAAUCCUCAAGGCCCAAGAUAGCACCGGUUUGGACCAAAGAUUAUGAGCUUAGCUCCAUUAUAUUAUUAGAAUAG